CCUGCCUAGGAAGCUUGUUUGGGUGCCCCUGUGCUCGAAGCCGCGCAUCUAUCUACUAGUUACCCCAGUACUCUGACAUCAGCUCUGGUUACAAUGGACCUUGCCAACCAACUGUUGGCUGGCGCUCUGUACGCUGCGUACAGUCAGCCCCAGGAGAGAGGGGUUCAUCAGAGUAGAAGAUGACAGGAUUCCCACAUGCUGCAGGUUCCAGCUUCUCAUUCUUUUUGCUAUACCAACUACUCCUUUUGCUGUAUUGACCUCGACUACAGACUAUCCAGCUAUCACCAUGGACAAGCCGGUCUCUUACGCACAAACAGAUUACGAGCCUCAUCCUCUCACUGAUGCGGGUUUUGAUGCCAGCGCCGGCGCCCUUCAGGAAUUAACCCGCCGUGCUGAGAACAAAAACCAACCCCCGACCUCUCACAUUCAUGGCUCUUCCGUCACGCAAGAAUCCCACUCGUGGCUCUCCAGACACCUCCCGCAUGGCACAAUUGAAGCCGUCGAGAACAAGUUCCACCUUGGGAACUAUGUCAUGGACCGCCAAACAGGGGAGAAGACAUUCGAAGCUAUGAGCAUUUAUGUGCGCGUGGGAAUGCAUCUUCUCUACUACGGCAGCGCGCAAGAGAACAUCCUGCACUGGAAGAAGACCCUCAGCCUGCUUAAAGUCCAAAGCGAGAAGAUGGGCGCAGAGUACGACUCCCCCGCCAGCAAGCAGCACAUCAUUCCGUUCAUUCAGUCUUUCCAGCUGGAGUCCACGCUCUCCGAGAUGGUGAAGCCAGACCCCAACGACUAUGCCACAUUCAACGAGUUCUUCGCACGUGAGAUCAAAGAAUCCGCCCGCCCAAUCGCAGAGCCAGACAACGACCUCGUCACCUCCUCCCCAGCUGACUGCCGCCUGACAGCCUUCCCAAGCGUCGACCUCGCCACCAAAUACUGGAUCAAAGGCUUCGGCUUCACUCUCGAGCGGCUGCUCGGUUCCCCCGAGCUCGCGGCGCAAUUUGAAGGCGGCUCUCUCGUCAUCGCGAGACUCGCGCCCCAGGAUUAUCACCGAUGGCAUGCGCCCGUCUCCGGCACCGUGCGAGGCAUCAAAGAGAUCCCCGGCGCCUACUACACCGUAAAUCCGCAAGCCAUCAAUGAGCCCGGGACGCUCGACGUGUUCUGCGAGAACCGGCGCUCGGUCAUGACGCUCGAGCGGUCGACGACCGGGGCUCCAAUUGCGAUUGUGGCCGUGGGCGCUAUGCUGGUAGGUAGCAUCAAGUACGUUAACGGUGCAGAUACCGUCGGGACGCAGGUAAGGAGGGGCCAGUGUCUAGGCGCCUUCUACUAUGGUGGGAGUACAGUCAUUGUCUUGUACCCGCGGGGCGAGAUCGUGCUGGAUGCAGAUCUGGUCCGGAACUCGACGGUGCAUAAUGUCGAGACAUAUGUGAAGGUGGGAUGGAGGGUUGGGACUAAGCUGUAGAGCGUGUCUUCUUCUCUGGUGCUGUUUCCCGGGGUUUUCGGAGUAUAUAUAAAGCCCCCCCUUUUUUUUUCCUUUUUGGACGUAAUAGCUGAAUAUUCACGGCA